AAUGCAGAAGGUUCAGACAAUCAACAUCUUCAUCUUCCUCUUCGUUCGAGUUGUCCUCCAUGUUUGGUAUCAUGACGAAGCCGAUGUUACCCAACAGGUGAAAUUAGCUGCCGCGUUAGUUGCCACCCACCUCUCAACAGAGCCCAAUAAAGACAUCCAGAAGCUGCUGAAGCCCUCCAGCUCAGGUGACCUAUCCAAGGAGCUAUUCCAGCAACCAACAGGCGGGGAGGAAGAGGGCAGCCUGUCGGGGCACACUGCAAGCCUCCUGCACAUUACUGAAAAGAGACAACCUCUCAGUAGUGUGUCUUCUCUGGAGGUGCACUUCGACCUCUUGGAUCUGACCGAGCUGACUGACAUGUCGGACCAGGAACUGGCUGAAGUUUUUGCCGACUCUGAUGAAGAGAACCACAAUGAGUCCCCAGCAGGUUCCCACCAGCCUGUGAUGCCCAGAGGAGGCUACAUGCGCUCCCCUUCGUGGACACGCUGCAGCAAAGUCGAGCCCCCACGGGAGAGGAAACACCACAGCGAUUCGGACACAGCAGAGCCCUUAAUGAAACUUGAAAGGUCAAAGCAGCCCUGAUAACAGGGCUGAGAGAGAAAAACAUCAGAAAGAGAGAGAGAAAGUUAAAACCUAGAGCAGGACAAGCACAGCCAGAGUGAGAACACAAAGCAGACCAAUCUGCCACUGCGCUCUCACGUUAACGUUUCAUGGUGCUCAAGUUCAGACUGAACUCUGGACAAAGAACUGUGCUCUAACUUAAGAUUUUGAGAUGUGCACUACACACUCUCUCUUCUUUCCCUCUUUUAAGUACAAACACAUGCAACCGUGUUCUUCAUGCAAGGGGUUCUUAAAGCACUCUGAGCUGCCAUGAUGGUUUGAAGCAUUGUUUCUGAGUGACACAGAGGGUACAAGGUCAGCCACUCAGGGUGGAAAACAGCCAGAUUGGAUUGAACAUUGUGUGUGUAUGUGUGUUGAAGUGCAGAAACUGGGAUUCACAUUGAAUUACCAAGAUAUGAUUCAAUGGGAAACACUAAGCUGAGGCUGCUGCUAAACAUGAUGGCUCAAUAAUUUUACAGGUUUUUAUUUUUUGCUUGUGUUUAAGGUUAACUUGAUGAGUGGAAGUGGGCAUCAGUAAGACUGUGAGCUGUUUUAUCCAUCACACCGUCUCCAUCUGAUUAAAGGAUGUGUGCUGCUCCCCAAAUGAAUACUUUGCACUUCUCUCACUGAACUUUAUUUUCAGUGCCCUUAAGAAUUAUUGGCAUUUGGUGCAGAAGACACAAAGAUAAACAGACCAAGUAUCAAGCUAUAUGCAACACGCCUCUCUACUUAAGUACACUUUGUGCAGAAGUGCUUUUUUAAUUUUUUCAAGCAUUUUUUUUUAAAGAUGAUUGCUUCAAGUUUGCUGUUGCUGUGAUAAAAGUUUCCUUUAAAGUUGUUCACCAGACACCAGUGACAGAGAUUUAAUGAGUUUGAUGGAUGAUACUUGAAGUUAGAGAUGAAAAGUUGCACCAGUUGUUAGCUUUGCAUGAAUGCCAAAAAUACAACCAAGUGCCAACAGUUUUAUAGUCAUGUUUUGAAGAUGCAUUGAGCAUUUGAUGCAAUAUUUCACAUCCUUCUAGGCAAAGGUUAUAGCUGAUUACUUGAUUUAUUUAUCUUACAUUCAGCUUUUCUUUACCAGGAGUGCCAAUAAUUCUGAAUGCUGUGACACGAUGGAUCAAAUGUGACACUGGAAUGAUAGAAUAAUAAAGACAAGUCCUGAAAA